CUUGCCUAGGCAAUAUGGCCGCCUGGUUUGCUUACUGCUGCUUGGAGUUUCCAUUGGCGUGUCCGAUCUAAUCUAAUUCGUCUAUAUCUAUGGCUGAUGUUAAAAGCGAUUGCUUUUGUCUGAAAUAAUUAUCUUAGGAAAAUACUUCCAGAAAGACUGUAUCUAUCACUCUUAAGGACAUUAAAACAAAUACAAGCCAAUGGGUAUCUAAGGGCGAUUUUGGAUAUAGUCAAAACAUUGUAUUCGAUGUUAUGUUUAAAUGCAUUUCGGCGUAUGUUUGGUUAUGUCUGCAUUUCGUGCUUAUUUUCAGCAGAUGGGUGAGGAGGAGCGAGCCAGAUGAGAUGUCUGUGACCUUUCUGCGCUAUGUGACUAGGAUUCGACUGGAAAAUCAUUUUGCCCCACAAAUCUGCCAGGCGAGACUGCUGUCUGGGGCAGAUGCAGUCAGUGCACUGAGGCCCUUUUACUUUGCAGUACACCCAGACUUCUUUGGCCAGUUUCCCAGGGAAAGGGCAGUGAAUGAAAACUCCCUCAAGAGGUUAAACGGUUAUUUAGAAAGCCUCCAGAAACCAGGCUUCAGAUCACUGCAGCCAACACAACUCACAUUUUAUGUGAGAGAUACCGAGCCUGACAAAAGUCUCUCUCCAUGUCUAAUCCCUUCUGCAGGGUUUAGAGCUGUCAGUUUCACCUUACAGACCAGAGAUGUUCUGAGUACAGUGUUGGGUGUUCUGAAAUCCUGCAGUUUGUCUACAGAACAUGUACACAAUUUGAAAAUCAGCGUUGGUCCACCACAGCAGAAAUAUGAAGCAGGAGUUCCCUUUUAUAGACCAAUCAAAUGGGACAAAACAUACUACUCCUUCACAGGAUUUAAGGACCCGGACGAAGAAUUGGAAAAAGCAGAAAGAAUGAAACCAACGUUUAGCUCUUGGUUGAGUAACAAUGAAGCGAGUGCUGCAAAGAAGCACAAGGAAAGCCUGCCAAAGCGAGCAGAACUGAAGAGACUGAGGAAGGAGCUCUGUCACAAACUGGGACUUGCAGAUAUAAGGUGGCAGCGAAGUUGGGGAGUGGCUCACAGAUGCAGCCAGUUGCACAGUCUGAGUCGUUUAUCGCAGCAGAACCCUGAAUCACUUCGGAAUAUCAAAGGGCACACCGUAAUAUUUACCGACCAAUCAGGGGUGAAUGCUGCCGGACAUGUAAUGUUGGGAACAAUGGAUGUUCACCACCAGUGGGCCAAACUAUUUGAGAAACUUCCGAGUUAUGGUGACCUCAUCAUUCAAACGUCGAUGUUGGAGGAGCGCAUUAGCCAUCUUCUGGGAGGGAUCCAGGUCAUCCAUGUUGACAAGCUGCAACCAGUGCUGCUGCUGGAGGAGUAUUACAGCACUCUAAGUGCUUUCUACAAGAGGCUUUUCUCAAUGAGGAUUCCCUUUCACCCGCGCAGCUUGCAGGGGCUGCAGAUGACUCUGGAGAAUGACCGUUCCAGUCCAAGUCUGCAUGAGUCCGGUCAUUUCAACAUCCCCACCAUCUGUGAACCUUCAACACUGCAGUGGUUUAUUCAAACCAAGGCACAAGAGGCCAGGAGGAGAAUGAAGAGAAGGGAAGAGUUGAAAGCUGAAGAAAACGCUCUUAUUCUUCUUUGCACAGAGAAGCUCUCUUUGAAGAGGCUUUACAAGGAACCCAGCAUCACCAGCACCCAGAUGAUACCUUGCUGUAAGCGACUGGUAGAGGAGCGCCUCCCAUACUUGCAAGGCAUGCAUCUGUGUGUGUCGCACUUCUACUCCGUCUUGCAGGAUGGGGACUUGUGCAUACCCUGGGACUGGAAGAGCUGAGGUAGUGUGACUGAAAGCACAGGGAGACUGUAUGGAAUCUGGACGAUGUGUUAUUAAAGGGAAUGCUAUGCAGUCCUAACAAAUGGUCUACUGGCACUUAGUUAUAUGCAAAUAAAAUCACCAAUGCAGCACUUUAGAGGAACGAAAUGCUGGAAAAUAUCAUUUUUGGGACCCCUUCAUUUGGAUCAGUUUUACUAUAACUAUUGGUACUUGAUAAGUCUAAUAUUUUGGAAAAUAUAGAAAAACGUGUUUGCUGUUUCUGACCGUCUGUUAUUGUAGUUGAUUUCACAGGUUAUUUCUCUAAAUGGUUUGAUGCCAUUUCUACAGUGACUCACCAGUUGAGGUGUGAUGCAGUCAGGGGAGCACUGGUUCACCUCCUGGCUGUGCCAAGUAGCCGAUCUUCUCAUGUCAUGCUGUGCGUCACAUUGGUACUCGCAAGGGAAAAUCGAAAAUAAGAUACGUAGGUAAUCAAAAAUGACACAUGUCUGUUGAAUUGAUCUAAAUGGCGAUGCAUCGGAGUACCGCCAUAGUUUAAAUGUAUGCUUAUAAGAAGAGGAACAAUGAACAUUGAGGAAAUCAAUCUCUAGUAGCGUGUGUGAGUCUCUUAAGUGUGUCUUAAAAUGACUGGUUUGAUCAUAAUUUAAUAUUUAAAUGGUAUUUAGUAUUUUAGAUCAGGUACGCCUCCUGAUCAGUACAUGUUUAGUAUUCCUAUCCAAAGGGAUCAGUAAAUAAUCUGUACCAUAAUUGGAGAAGUACUUGGUUUCACACAUGUAUCUAUCACCAGUCUGUGAAAUGCAUGCUGUAUCUACCCAGACAUUCUUUUGAGUAACGGUUCUAAUUCUACUGUGUUAUGGAGCUGUUGCAUGCAAAAAUUGUAUUAGCAGUUGUAUUGUUUAUAGUUAUGGGUGGGCAGCUAUAUGAAAAUUGUAUAUCGAUAUCAUGCACGUAUUUCAAUAUUGAUAAUUCUGAAGGUUUCCAAAACACAUAUAUAAUAGCACAAUUAUAAUAGCACAAAUAUAAAACAUAUAUAGAUGUUAACGUAGAUUUACAUAUGAAAAACAAUAACUUACUUUAACUUAGUCCAUCCAUCAUCAGCCACCUCAAAACUGAAAUAUUUCUAUACUUCACUGCGCAGACUUUAGCCAAAACCGGAAGUACUUGAAUCGUCAGCCGCUCUACGUGUACAUCAUGCUGACUCACAAUACCUCGGUGCAAUGCCGAAAUUUGUAUUAUAUUGAGAAAUUUUUUGAUGUUUUAAAAGUACAUCUCAUUUACAAUACUGAAAGUUCACAUUUUAAAAAUACAUUAAUAAUAGUGCAAGUAAUGAAAUGCUGAAGCAUGCGCAUAUCUCAGAAUAAUGCAAAACGGAUGGCCAAUGAUGCUUAUGCAGCAUGCAAAUAACAUAGCUACCUCUGUGACAAUGAAGGGGAGUUAUUACGUUUAAAUCUAUUUAUUUAUUUAAAUUGUACUUAUCUUUUUAAAUGUGCAAUUAGUUUCAGCAUUGUUCUAUUAAACUGUUUUUAGCAUAUACUGUUUGUGUGUCAUUAUAAUUAGGCCUACAUUAGUGCAUAGUCAGUUUAUAAAAGUACUCUCCAAAGUAAUCCAAUUAUUUCUUCUGCUACAUGUUUGUAGUGUCAAAUAAAGACAGGGUACAGCAGAAUCAGCAUAAGGGCUUGCUGUUUUAGAUCCUUGAAGAAGAAUGAGAAGCCGCAUAGUUUAAGAAUAGGGUGUAAAGUUCAGAAUUAAAGUUCUGGUUUUGUUAUUGUUCGUUGCAUUAGCAUAAGUAUUGUGCCAAACACUUCUACUAAAACAUUUAAUAAUACACAACAAUAAACAAUUUUGUUUUACUAAUCACAAAACUUUAAGCACUAAUGUGUUAUAUGCAAUUGAAUUAUUGAAUUAUUGAAAUUUUUCAUUAUAAAUCAUGGUCAUAAUUGUCUCAGAUUGUUUGUGUGUGUGUGUAUAUAUAUAUAUAUAUAUAUAUAUAUAUUUGUGUGUGUUUUGUUUCUGUGAAUUUAGGAAUAUUUUUCAUCCAUAUUUUUCUCAUCUCUUCAUGCACGGGAAAUGUAUGAUCUUACUGUUGAAUUGUACCGUGCUGAAGCUGAGCACAGCCGUGAUCACUGCAGUUUCCUUCCCGUCGUUAAUAUUUACAUGCUUUUGCAGUUGUGCCUAAAAUACAACUCAUCCUUUCUCUCUCAGAAAUUAAAUAAACAAUAUAUAUAUAUA